AUGGCGUCUCCCGCAGUCGAAGGUCGCAUCGAGCCGCACAAGAAGGCCCAUUUCAGCCUCCACCUCAGCGACCGCAUCCGGAACACUGACGAUGCUGCUGCCGCCGAGUACAGCAGCGUGAAAUACAACCACAAGCCCACGCAGACGGCCGAGAGCCGCUCUGCCACGCUGCAGGCACCCUCUGCAGCCGGCGCCUGCAGCCUGCGCAUCGACGACUCGAAUGAGGACGGCGACCACGACGUCUUCACAUUCACCGGCCAGAAGACGCAGCCGAAAAAGUCGUAUGUGCUCAUCUUCGACCCCGCGACCCAGCAGGCGACGCUGGAGCCGCUGUCGAGCAGCUACACGUUCAACCUGGCCACGAGGAACGGCAAGGACAUGUCGUCGCAGCACGCCAAGAUCUAUCCCAAGAAGCUCAAGCACGAGAAGCAGGACAAGGACGACGACGACGACGACGACCUGUUUGGCGAGGCCGCCGCCGCCGACGGGGGCGACCCGGACCCCGACAACCCCUACGACUUCAGGCACUUCCUGAGCAAGGAAAAGGAAAAGCGAGGCGACGAGUCAGACUACCGCUAUGCCUCGUCGCCAGAGCACCGGACAGGCCCCGGCAGCGCCGUCCACACGCCGCGCCACCGAUUCAAUAGCCUGCGGAGCAAGGAUACGACUUAUGCUGCAAUUUCCGAGUGCACAGCCUUCCGUCUACCUUGGUGCAGCGUGCGUCCCGUUUCGCAGCGUGAAAACGAGGUGGAAUAA